GUGAUAGUAUUCGACAAAAUGCCAAUUAUUCUGCAAAGUAUGCUGAAGUAAUCAAUACUCAACAGAAACAACUCGAGGGUAUGAAGUACUUUUUUAAAGAAACAAAAUUGGAAGUCAAAAAAAUUCAAUCAGAGUGGGAAGAAGAAUUGAGUAGGCUGGAGGAUCAUAUCAAAAGCCUUGAAGUGGCCUCCACUUCCUACCACAAAGUUUUGGAGGAGAACCGCCUUCUUUACAAUGAAGUACAAGACCUUAAAGGAGCCAUCAGGGUGUAUUGUAGAGUGAGGCCAUUCUUACCAGGACAAUCAAACGGGCAGUCUACGGUGGACUAUAUUGGAGAAAAUGGAGAUAUGAUGAUCAUAAAUCCCCUUAAGCAUGGAAAAGAUGCUAGACGAGUAUUUUCAUUUGAUAAGGUUUUUGGAACAACUGUAACACAAGAACAAAUUUAUGCUGACACUCAGCCCUUGAUCAGAUCCGUUCUAGAUGGUUAUAAUGUAUGCAUCUUUGCAUACGGGCAGACUGGCUCCGGGAAAACAUACACAAUGAGUGGCCCUGAUCUUACAACAGAAGAGACAUGGGGUGUAAACUACAGGGCUUUGGGUGAUUUAUUUCAUAUAUCAAAGGAAAGGUCUGAUUCCAUAAAAUAUGAAGUUUUCGUUCAGAUGAUUGAAAUAUAUAAUGAACAAGUGAGAGAUUUGCUAGUCAGUGAUGGCUCUAACAGAAGAUAUCCUUUAAGCAGUGCUCUAUCNUUUUAA